AUGUGGGGAUUAUUAAAGAAAGCUGGUGAAUAUAUUGCUCCAAUGAUAGCAGUUGAUUCUCUUCAAGAUGUCAAGGAAGCUUGUGAUCAUUGCCUUGGCGUUUUAAAUGGAACCAUUUCAGAAAAUGAAUUAACAUUCGAUUCUGCUUUGGCUUCCAUUAAAGAUUAUCUCACAGAAGAGGUUGGUCAGCCAGAUAUGCCAUACUUUGACUAUGUGACAUCACAAUUAUUCAUUCAAAAAAUUGCCGAAUCUCUUGGUCCAAAAUUAACAGCACAACAAAUUGAAUCAAUUCUUUUAUUCUUCUUAGCCUUUGCAAAUACAAAACUCGGUAAUUAUUUCGCUCAAAUUACAGUUCAUAGACCAUUUUCUUUAGUUGUUUCGAAACUCGAAUCUGUUUACGCAAAGACACCAGGCGUUGUCGAGGAAUUCAUUAAGGGAGUAUGGGGUCAAUGCAAGAAGUCUCCAUUAAUGCUAGAAAUGAUCACUAUUCCUUCAUCUCAAGGAAUUUCUUAUCCUCUUCUUGAUUUUCUUGCAAUUGCAGCGUUUAAUCCAGACGAAAUCGGGAUGCACUCUCGAGAAGCAAUUUUAUAUAUCUUUUCAACAGCAGAUGAUCCAGAAAUUAAAAUCCACGAAUCUAUUCCACAAUACUUGCUCAAACAGCUCGAAGGUUCCAUUGAAUCAUAUUUGAAGAACGUAUGUGAAUGCGUUCCUACAAUUCAGUUCAGUGGCUCAUCUACUGUCCUUCUUAGCUGGAUUGAUCAAUUGAUAAUAAGAACUAACACUGUCGAUAUACAAUCCAUCCUUUCCCAUGUUAAAUCUCUUGAUAUAACAAGGCGUUUAGGAUCUCUCGCGUUAUUAUUGAAUUUCUUCAUUAACAAAGUUAUUUCAGAAGCUGUUAUCAAAGAAGUACAAUCAAAAGAAACAAUUGACCUGAUUGUUUCUGCUCUAGACUCUAAAAAUGAUGAUUCAAUCAAAUCAUCUUUGUUAUUAAUCAAAUCUAUGCUUCUUAACAACGAAACAAUAGCAUAUAUAAUACCUCCUACUAAAGAUGAGCGCAUAGAUGUCCUCUCAUUCAUGCCUCCUUCUUGGUUAAUUGAAAUUGACGGUUCUUCAUCAAUUUCUGCAUAUGAAGCAGAUGCAGUCAACAGAAUUAACAUAAUUAGCCAUGUACAAGGUAAGAAUAAUGAUUUAUUCCCUCAUGUUGCAGCACUUUUGAAAAAUGCCAAAACAAUGCCACUGAGAGAGCUCCUUUCUUUGACUUCUGUAUUGUCAUUGUUCACUGCAGCAGAGUCUUCACUAAUUGGCAGCUGCUUGGCUGAAAAUUUCGAAGCUGCAGUAAAUCAAUUGUCCGAAGUCCAGAUUUUCGAAUUGCCAUCGGAAAAUUCAAAAGAUGGACCAGAAGUAAGAGCUGCUAUUCUUGCAGAAUUCGGAAAGGAAAUUCAUGCAACAUUCACGGCGCAUGAAAAGUUUAAUUCCGUUAAAAAGGCGUUUGAUGAUGAAUAA